AGCCAGGACCGGCACUCAGUGGCGGUCAGCAUAAUCUGCUUCCUCUAGCGCAGCGAAGUCUGGUCCCGGGCUGGCCCCUCUGCUGCCCCUGGAGCGGGCCAUGCCACCGCGGGAGCUGAGUGAGGCCGAGCCGCCCCCGCUCCGGGCCCCGACCCCUCCUCCGCGGCGGCGUAGCGCGUCCCCGGAGCUGGGCAUCAAAUGCGUGCUGGUGGGCGACGGCGCAGUGGGCAAGAGCAGCCUCAUCGUCAGCUACACCUGCAAUGGGUACCCCGCGCGCUACCGGCCCACAGCGCUGGACACCUUCUCCGUGCAAGUCCUGGUGGAUGGAGCCCCUGUGCGCAUUGAGCUCUGGGACACAGCUGGGCAGGAGGACUUUGACCGACUCCGCUCUCUCUGCUACCCUGAUACCGAUGUCUUCUUGGCAUGCUUCAGUGUGGUGCAGCCCAGCUCCUUCCAAAACAUCACAGAGAAAUGGCUGCCAGAGAUCCGUACUCACAACCCCCAGGCACCUGUGCUGCUGGUGGGCACCCAGGCAGACCUGAGGGACGAUGUGAACGUACUGAUUCAGCUGGACCAGGGGGGUCGGGAGGGCCCUGUGCCCCAACCCCAGGCUCAGGGUCUGGCUGAGAAGAUCCGGGCCUGCUGCUACCUUGAGUGCUCAGCCUUGACACAGAAGAACUUAAAGGAGGUGUUUGACUCUGCCAUUCUCAGCGCCAUUGAGCACAAAGCCCGCCUGGAGAAGAAAUUGAAUGCCAAAGGUGUGCGCACCCUCUCCCGCUGCCGCUGGAAGAAGUUCUUCUGCUUUGUUUGAGCAGCUAUGGUAACAUAGCCAGCAGUAGGCGGGAGGCCAGAGACUUCUGGAACCUGGGGCAUGGGGCCUUUGAGGGGGCUACUGGCAGGGCCUGGCCAUCCCAUAGGAUUCAGUUCCCUUCUGAACACUGUGGGGACAUGGGCCUCUAACUGCCCACUCUUAUGUGCUAGGGUGAGCCUAGGGCCUGGAAGAGGGAAGGCUCUGAUUUGGAUUUCUCCAGUCAAGGCCCACAGAGAAAACCCAGCACUUUGAUUUUCAUAGGAUGGACCUAACAAGGUCAUCCACCUCUGAGGAGUUUGAGAUCCAAUUCCCAGUUUCUUAUCAUGGGCCCUUGGGUCAGCCUUGCUGAAUUAGGACUCCUC